UUUCUCUCCUUCCGUUCCUUUCGUGUCUAUAUAUUCUUCUCGUCCUCCAUUACACGACCUGUUCCAGUUCCAUACCUUCAAAUUUCCAAUGAAUUCGAAACAGCAACUCCUCGACUCCCUCACGGCCCACAUUUCUCUUUACAACUCCAAGAUAUCUGAUCCGAACCCCAGCCGGAACCCGAAACCGAAUCCUAACCCGAACCACCGACCCGCCAUCCUUAAAUGGUUAUCAUCUCUCUCGGUCCACCACCGCCAGGCCUAUUUAACAACCGUUGACUCAGACUUCAUUAAGAUCCUGCUGGGAAUGCUUGAGAAGCUCCGGUUAAACGGCCCAGGUCGGUUUAUUAUUCUCCCUGACCUCCCUACCACCUGUGAAAAAGACGAUUCUACCCUUCCCACCUUGUGUUAUCGCAAGAUGGAGGGGCUUCUGUUGAGAAUUGCGCAGUCGAAUGCGUCAGAACGUGUGAUUUAUGAUUCCGUGAAGUUAUUCAGCUCAAAAGAAGGGGAAAAUAAUGAAGAGGGAAUUGAUUUUUUGGGGACUAGUCUAAAUGCGAUGGGUGUAAUUGAAGAAUUUGUGGAGGAUGUGAAUAGAUUUGUCGAAAUAAUGGAUGGAGUUUCGGGUGGGGAGUUUUUGAGGGGAGGGGAGGAGGGGGAGAUGGCGGGAGAAUGGGUGGAGCUGAAAUGGUUGAAAGCAAAAGGAUAUUAUAGUUUGGAGGAGUUCAUUGCUAACAGAAUGGAGGUGACUUUGAAGUUGGCAUGGUUUAACUGUAAUAGUGGAAAGAAACGGGGGGCGAAGUUAAAGGAUAGGUUGAGUGCAUCUGGCAUGGCUGCAAAUGUGUUUUGGAGGAAGAAAGGAUGUGUAGAUUGGUGGGAGAAAUUGGAUGACACUAUCAGGAAGAAGGUGUUUCGCACUUUCUUGGGAAAAGCCGCAAAAUCUUUGGCACCAGCAAUGUUGAAGGGUAAAGGUUGCAUCUUAGACGACAAAAUGUGGCUCUACGAUUAUCGUGGCGAGCAGCCCUUGAGAUGUAAUUCUACUUUUAAGAGUGGAAGGGACAUUGCUAAACUCAAAGGAACAGAUUCUAAAAAUAAAUGGAACACAAAUCCUACACCAGUUUCCAGAAAUUCUUCUCCGUUGAACUGUGUGUUUAAUAGUUUGUACAUUCUUCAGGUUAUCUGUACCAUGUUGUUAGCAUUUCAGCGUGGUGCUUAUGAUCAAGAGAAACUAUUUUUUACUUCAUUGGACUCUGCAAAUAUCAUUUCUGACAUUAUAUUAAGAAAAUUCAGAGAGAUGCUCAUGGUUGUUUCGCUUGAUUGCACAAAAAUUGAGCUACUCGAGGAGGGAAAUUGGAGUUCUAAUAAAUUUAAGGAGAAAGGUGCUUCCAGUAAUCAUAAGAAAAAGGGUAAAAAGCGCAGUAAGAAUUCAAUCCCUGUUCCAAGACCUUGUACAGAUGGCCGAAACCUUGUUGAACCUACCCAGGUGUAUAGUGGCAAUGGAGAUAUUAGACUGCCUAACAGGUUUGAUGGUGAAGUUCCGGAGGAAGUUAUUGCUAGGAGGAAUCUUGCAUCGACAGAUGCCAUGGGACCCGUUAAAGGAUUAAAUAAUGUAAAUGUACAAAGUGCUCCUAAGAAGAGUAGGAAAGAGAAGAAAAAGCUCAAAAGCUCGAGCUCCCAUAGCUCAGAAGUUGCAAGUUAUCAUUCUAGAAGCUCUAUAGCUACCGCUAUUUCUGUUAGUUCUCAAGAUACGCCCUCCAUGGCUCACUGUACACCUGGAAAUACAACUAUCGAGAUCUUUUCAAACAAUGUUGCAGCCGGGAUUAACAUCUCUGAAGUAAAUCCAGAUCAUUGCUGUGAAAGUACUGUAAUGGCACAAUGUGAGGAGACGCAUGAUUCUUCUGCUGAAGUCAGUGAUAGUCUUGGUUUGAAGCACCAUCAAAACUCGGACAUAGUGGUCCAAAAUGAUACUGAAACUUCCAGGGUUGGUCAUCUGAGUGAGGAUGUGGAUUCUGAUGCAACUCCUGUUAUGCCUGUGGUUGAAGAUAAUGAUAUGUGUGGCGGAGUUAUUGGCAGAAGAAGUUAUGCACAUUCACAUGGAAUUUACCAAGCGACGGGUUUUCUAGGGAAACUAACAGAAGGUAAUAAGACAGAAGGAAAAACUUUUCGGGUUCAGGAGCAAGGAAGUAUGGGUAACAUCGGGGCCACAAGUUCAUCAGCAUACAUCUCUUAUGAGUGGCCCAGUGUAGCCACUAUUCAUCCUUCUGCUAAUACUCACCUCCCUACUGCCACAGAUAGAUUGCAUCUUGAUGUUGGUCAUAAUUGGAAAAAUCAUUUUCACCAAAUACAAAAUGUACAAGUAAGAAAUUCUUCUGUUGACUCUAGGUAUAGUGGAGUGAUAUCUCAACAUCUACCAAUGAGUUUAGAUUGGCCUCCGGUGUUGCAUGGUGUCAGUAGACUAUCCCCAUCAGUUACUUGCAAUUAUGAUUCUGAUUUUAUCUCAAGACGACAGUCCCCUCUUCUUCAGCGCUUCACUGCUCAACAUGUGCAGUGCGGUCCAGUUACUUCAGAGGAUGAAAGGGUCCUUUCUGGUGAAUUUAUGGACAUGUCCGAUGUUACAAAUUCUCAGGAACCAGUGGAUGAGCAUGACAACCGCUGGAUGUCAGAAGAAGAGUUAGAAGUACAUGCAGUUUCUGCGCUGGAUUGUAAUCAGUACUUUGGUGGCGGUGUGAUGUACUGGAAUCCUUCUGAUCAUCCAGGGACUAGUUUCUCACGUCCUCCCUCACUCUGUUCAGACGAUAGCUCUUGGGCUUGGAGAGAAGCUGAUAUGAGUAGGGCUGUUGAUGAUAUGGUUGCCUUCUCCUCCUCUUAUAGUACAAAUGGACUGACCUCACCUUCUGCUGCUUCCUUUUGCUCUCCCUUUGAUCCUCUGGGACCUGGAGCUCUUGGCUAUGUUAUUCCUGGUAGUGAUAUAAGUGGCAAAGUUCUGCACUCCUCAUCAGCAAUGAAUGAUGUGGAUGUUGAGGAGAUUGUCUCUGGAUGUAUUCCCAAUAUGCCUGGUGAUGGAGAAGCGAAAACUGGAGAUUCACUUCCAUAUCCCAUUUUGAGGCCAAUAAUCAUCCCAAAUAUGUCGAGGGAAAGAUCUAGAUCGGAUUUUAAGCAAAGUUAUGAUAGAAAAAGCCCUUGUGUUCCACCUAACAGGCGGGAACAACCUCGAAUUAAGAGGCCACCUUCUCCCGUAGUCCUAUGUGUUCCACGUGCCCCUCAUCCACCUCCUCCCUCUCCUGUUGGUGAUUCCAGAAAACACAAAGGUUUUCCUACUGUUCGAUCUGGUAGCUCCAGCCCAAGGCAUUGGGGUGUCAAAGGUUGGUUCCAUGAUGGUGUCAAUUUUGAAGAAGCUUGCUUACCCAUGAAUGGUAGUGAAGUAGUUUGGCCUUCCUGGAGAAACAAAAGCCUUUCCGCCCGUCAGUUGACGCAGCCUUUAGCAGGAGCAUUGCUACAGGAUCGACUUAUUGCAAUUUCCCAGCUAGCUCGGGAUCAAGAACAUAUAUUGCAUUUCCUUUGCAACCACCUGAACUGCAGAACUGUUCCUCCCGCAAGGCUUCUCUGUCACUGUUCCAUAAUACUCUCCAUGAUGAAAUCAACUCUUUCUGCAAGCAGGUUGCUGCUGAGAAUUUGAUCAGAAAGCCUUACAUUAACUGGGCUGUUAAGUGUGUUGCACGUUCUCUCCAAGUCUUGUGGCCUCGUUCUAGGACAAAUGUUUUUGGUUCAAAUGCUACUGGAUUGUCCCUUCCAUCAAGUGAUGUGGACCUUGUGGUUUGUCUUCCUCCUGUGAGAAAUUUGGAACCUAUUAAAGAAGCAGGGAUCUUAGAGGGUCGUAAUGGCAUCAAAGAAACUUGCUUUCAGCAUGCAGCUAGAUAUCUUGCAAACCAGGAGUGGGUCAAAAGUGAUUCUCUCAAGAUUGUGGAAAAUACUGCUGU